AUAGCAGUAAGCCUGUUUCGUGCCCCGACUUAUUACACGGCAGUAUUACCCCUUUUCCACUAGUAUCUACUGGGGUGGCGCGCCUGUCGCCCGUGUGUUUUGCUAGUCAUAGGCUUCUGUACAGAGAUGGCAAGAGAGCCGUAGCAGACUGAGGGGCCUGCUCGGCUGAGGAUUUUACUGACAACCGUUGCGUUAGCACACAGCAAAGAUACAGAGUGUAGGAAAGUAGAGGAACAGCGAACAAGAGGAGCCAUGGGACACGGAGUAGGCUGAACCAGAGGGUCUAGCAGCACACACCAGUUGUUUCCCACUGUGGUGUAUGACAUGGCCACGGCCUCGUCUAGAGCAGAGACUAGCCAUAACCACAGAGGAACGUCACAACUCUAUGCCAUUGUGUCCUGUGCCAAACUCAAGAGGAAGAAGAGUUCCCUGUUUGGGACUGCCAUUUAUGUGGAGGUGACAGCUGAGGGGGAGACGCGGCGCACUGCGAAAUCUCAUAGCUCCUCCAAUCCUAAAUGGGACGAGAGGCUCACUUUGAAUGUAACUCCACACACACAGGUGGAUUUCAAAGUUUGGAGCCACCACACCCUGAAAGCAGAUGCUCUGCUGGGCAAAGCCACGCUGGACCUCACUCGAGCCUUGGAAGACCAUGACAGAAAAUUAGAGAAUGUGAAGGAAGUGCUGAAGCUGAGUGCGGAGCAGAAGGGGGUGACAGUGCCCAUGGGGGAGCUGACUGUGUACCUUGAUGGACUCACUGUCACUGACCAGGAGGAACUGGCACCACUUACCAACGGCAAUGCACCAAAUGGCUCCAGUGAGCUCAGUGUUUAUGUUAGGGAGGUCCAACAGAAUGGUGACGCCAUCCAUGAAAAUGGAGAUUCAUCUUCCUCAUCCUCAAGGGCUGCCAACAGCACAGUGAAUGGUACAGACUUGGGCCCGAGGUCAGGUUCCUGUUCAGCCUCCAGUGGUGCAGAUGGUCAGGUGCCUUCAAGCUCCUGCAGCCCUGCUCUUGGUCAUGUCGUCAACGGAGACUCCACAAACAACUCAACCCCAGUCCACCAACCCUCAGACAGUGAUAAUGAGAGUAGGAUGGUCAAUGGGGAGUCCUGUGAUGCUGCUGAAGGGCAGUCGUCUGCUACAAGAAGUGAUGUGCUGCCCUCUGGAAGUGACCACGAGGACUGCAUUCAGGAUGCUGCCCUGCCAGACUCUGACACAGCACCAAAUAGCACAUCUCAACCCCCGCCAGCUUCCACAUCAUCUUCAACCUCUUCUGUUGCUGCUAAUUCUGCCACUGCCGUUGCUGCCUCCUCUUCUUCCUCCACAUUCACCUCUCCAAACCAGGGGGUCACCACGUCCUCGUCGUCAUCCUCCCCAGCGCUUGCUGAAGCAAAUGCUUCAGGAAGUGGAGGUGGUAGUAAUAGUAGCAGUGCAACAGUAACUACAGAUGGGGCCAAGCCCAGGCAGCAGGUCCCCAAUACUGGAGCCUCAGAUCCUCUUCCACCAGGGUGGGAGCAGAGAAAAGACCCACAUGGGAGAACGUACUAUGUAGACCACAACACCAGGACUACUACCUGGGAAAGACCACAGCCGCUACCACCAGGUUGGGAACGUCGAGUGGAUGACCGGGGUAGGAUCUAUUAUGUGGACCACAACACCCGCACCACCACAUGGCAGCGUCCCACUAUGGAAUCGGUGCGCAAUUUUGAGCAGUGGCAGAGCCAGCGCAGCCAGCUGCAGGGAGCUAUGCACCAGUUUAACCAGAGAUACCUCUACUCUGCAUCCAUGAUGUCUGCUGAAAAUGAUCCUCUUGGCCCACUGCCUCCUGGUUGGGAGAGGCGUGUUGACUCCAAUGAUCGAGUGUACUUUGUCAACCAUAACACAAAGACAACACAGUGGGAAGACCCUCGAACCCAAGGGCUACAGAAUGAGGAUCCUCUGCCUGAAGGUUGGGAGAUCCGGUACACAAGGGAAGGGGUUCGCUACUUUGUGGAUCACAACACCCGAACGACAACUUUCAGCGACCCCCGCACUGGAAAGUCUUCUGUCACCAAAGGCCCUCAGAUUGCAUACGAGCGCAGCUUUCGAUGGAAGCUUGCCCAUUUCCGCUACUUGUGCCAGUCUAAUGCUCUCCCAAGCCAUGUGAAGAUCACUGUCUCCAGGCAGACACUGUUUGAAGACUCCUUUCAGCAAAUUAUGGCCCUAAAGCCUUACGACUUGAGGAGGCGAUUGUACGUCAUCUUCAGAGGGGAGGAGGGUCUGGAUUACGGUGGCCUGGCCCGAGAGUGGUUCUUCUUGUUGUCCCAUGAAGUGCUGAACCCCAUGUACUGUCUGUUUGAAUACGCUGGCAAAAGCAACUAUUGUCUGCAGAUCAACCCGGCCUCAGCCAUCAACCCCGACCACCUCUCCUACUUCUGCUUCAUAGGCCGCUUUAUUGCAAUGGCACUUUUCCAUGGCAAGUUCAUUGACACAGGCUUCUCUCUGCCUUUCUACAAACGCAUGCUGAACAAGAAGCUAAUACUCAAAGACCUUGAGUCCAUUGACCCAGAGUUCUACAACUCACUCAUAUGGAUCAGGGACAACAACAUCGAGGAAUGCGGUCUGGAGAUGUUCUUCUCUGUGGACAUGGAGAUCUUGGGGAAGAUCACCUCUCAUGACCUCAAACCCAAUGGUGCCAACAUCCAAGUCACUGAAGAGAACAAGGAGGAGUACAUCAGUCUAAUGGCAGAGUGGAGGUUCUCUCGUGGGGUGGAAGGUCAAACCAAAGCUUUUCUCGACGGCUUCAAUGAGGUGGUUCCACUUCAGUGGCUCCAGUACUUUGAUGAAAAGGAGCUUGAGGUGAUGCUGUGUGGCAUGCAGGAAGUAGACUUGCAGGACUGGCAGAGAAACACUGUGUAUCGUCACUACACCAGGAACAGCAAACAGAUCAUCUGGUUCUGGCAGCUGGUGAAAGAGGUCGACAAUGAGGUGCGACUACGGCUCAUGCAGUUUGUCACUGGAACCUGCAGGCUUCCUCUGGGCGGCUUUGCUGAACUCAUGGGAAGUAACGGACCGCAGAAGUUUUGCAUUGAGAAGGUGGGGAAAGAUACGUGGCUUCCUCGCAGCCACACGUGUUUCAAUCGUCUGGACUUGCCUCCUUACAAGAGUUACGAACAGCUGAAAGAGAAGCUGCUCUUUGCCAUCGAGGAAACAGAAGGAUUUGGCCAAGAAUAGAGGGAGGAGUCCUCUUCUAUUUCCCUUCCUCUCCCAUCGCUGUUUAUUCAGCCAAGAAAAACAAACUUAAAAAAAAAUUGCACAAGAUAACCACCACUGUAUAUAAGCUAUUUUGUCAUUUCAAACCAAAUCCUAAUUUGCUGCAUAAUUGUUGCCGCAACCCUCUUCCCCCAGUCCCUAUAUAUCUAAAUAUAUAUCUAUAUAAUACACCUUCAUGAAAUAUGCAAGCAUUACAGCAUUUUGCUCUUCUGUUCAAAAACAGAAAUCAUUGAUAGUUUUGGGUUUUUUGGGUUUUUUUACACUUCCUCCACAACUGCUGACUGGCUUUUAAAAAGAGAUUGAAAUUGUUUUUGAGAGGAUUUUAUAAAGUGCAGUCUCCUUUUAAAGCUCUAGUUCUAUAGGGCUUUUAAAAGACUAGAGUAGAAGUAUGGGGGUCUGGUGCCUGAAAUUCUUGCUCCUGUCGGACCCAUAGUAAUUUUGCAAUUUUGGUGCACUUUGCAUGCUGCCUCUAAAGAUGAGAAGACUGCUAUGCCCACCCUCCACCGCACACAUAGUUGUUAGCAUGGAUCGCUCCGUUUCUAAAUAAGCUCAUUGCCACCAUUAAAAAAAUGCAGCACUACAAUUGGACUGAUUUGAAGCACAGAAACACCCAGUGUUUUGUUUUGUUCUACUGUUUUUGCUUUUUUCUCUCAAUGAAAUUCUGGGCACCAGCCCAGAAGAUGUUUGGGGAAACAAAAGAGUGAUUUUUUUUUUUUAAAUUUUAUUUUAAACACACACGUGUGAGUGUGAUGAUGGUAGGAACUUCAUGGAUUAAAGUUUCAAGCUAGAGAUCCCACAUGAGAUGUUGCAGAUUGCCUAUGCUGCAGUCUGCUUGCACACUGUGAAGCUACAAGAGCAAAGCUGGUUACUCUAACCUAAAUAAUGAGCUACAGACAGGUGACAAAUUAAAGGAGAAUAAAGUGUCUUAAAAGAUAUUGGGCCACCAGUUCUUAGAGUCUCUGGGACUCUACGAGGGGAAUAGAACAACGUUUUUCCGCAAGAUGCUCGCUAUUCCAGGUCCUCUGUGUUGGUCCAAAAUCUCCACAUUUCCACACUCAGCCCCUCCCAUUGUCAUCCCUCUCCAGCCAGAUUUGUUUUUGUAACUGAACAUUUUUAGCCCUCGACUGUAAAAGGCUGAUGAGUCGAGGUCACUGAAAUUCAAACUCGAGAGGUCAGGUUUUCUGAAAACAUGUGAAAGAUGUCGUCUAGGAUCAUCUAAAACCCUCAGAUGAGUUCAAAUCUCAGUGACCUUUAUGAGGUAUUGUUGUCACCCCACCAGGUGGGAAAAGUCACACCCAACUUUCUGAACAUGAGAGUGAGGUGACCUAGGAUUUUCAAAUUUAUAUCCCAUGUGUAUACACUAAAAACCUCGGACAAGUUCAAAUCUUGGUGACUUUGACCUCACGUUCGAGGUUCUUUAAUGUGUCACGUUUCAUUCGUCAUAAAAUAACAUGACACAUCGAAAUGAAGUCACUCGGGUCUUAGUGUUAAUAGCAAUUAAAAUAGGUAAUCCAUUUGAUUAAAAAUUAAUAAUUAAAGUAAUAAUAUAACAGUAAAAAUAUACAGUCAGAAGUGAAGUCAGAGCCAGGGCCCUAAGAUUUCAAAUUGAUACUUAUGGUAUUAAUUUGACAUCGAAUCUCACUGACUUCUACCUCAAAGUCAACAUCAGAGGUCAAGUUUUCUGAAAAUGAAUGAACCCAAGAAGGAAGUCACCUAGGAUUUUCAAAUUGACACCAUAAGUGCAGCUACUAGGAUGCUGAGGGGUGGCACUGCUGGCUGUCAGUGUUUUAAAUCAAUUACAAACUGACUCAGUCAUGUCAGCAAAUUGUCAGAUCCUAACAGAACCAGAUGCACUCGCUGUAGAGGGAAAGGCUUCAAGGCCUGUCUUUUGUUUUGGUGUGAAACACACACAUUCCCCCUACAGACCAAACAGCAUCUAACCACAUCUGUCUCCAUCCACACCAUGAACCGUCGUGCAGUGACCUCUGUAAUGAGGGCUCUACUAUGAUUUCCUCUCAGACUGUUGUUGGCGCUGUCUGUUUACAUCCUGCGUUGACAUUCUCAGUCCCCCCCCCCACAUAUCACACUGAUGCCAUUUAUUCUUGCCAGCUUCAUACAAGCGCAGACUCACCUUGGCCUCUUCCGCAUUUUUAUACUUGGCACAGAGCACGACUGGAUGCUAACUGCUUAAAUGUGCUCAUGUUGAAGCAGUCAUUGUGUUGGUCCAAUAUGUUGCCAGUUUUGCUGCAGUUUCACACGUUACAAAGUUUUAAAAAAAGAAGGCGUGUGCUUAGCUGGCUUUCUUCUUCCUCUUUGAUUGAAUUAUCUCAGACUGGAGUGUGCUAUAAAGUCGUCAUGUUUCAGAGGACAGCAGGUAUUAUCAUUGUUCUUGAGUGACAGGCAUCUAACCUAACCAACAUAAUGCACAACAAAUAAUUAUAUAAAUCAAAUUUGUCCAUGUCGUGCCACAGUGUGAGGUUCAAAAAGCAGUUGCACCCCAAGAAGGCAACUACAUUUCAUCUACACAAAAUGACGACCUGCCCCAAGCAUUCAGGUCGUAACCACAUGAUACAAUCUCAUUUAUUCACCUCCGUAUUUAGACUGAUGGCCUUAGAUUAAAAAUCUUUUGUGUCAACUCCUCAGCGUCUUAGGCCCUAAUGCAGCAUCAGUCCGAUAACGCACUGCUUUGUUGUGUGUUUUUUAUCUUUACACCCCCAAUUUCCCCUGGUCAUUUUUGUUUCUUUAACUGCCUCACUGUUAUGUUGAAACUCCAUUGUUUGUAAAUGACAACUCUGGUGCUUACUCUUUCAGUCAGUGGUCUAAAUGCAGGAAAAAAAAAAAAAGAAAAUAGCUCAGCCAGUGGCAGGCCAUUCUCCUCAUCUUUGGUGUGUGGGGUUUGUUUUUUUGUUUUAUUUAAAGACCACUGCAAACAGCAGCAAGCUGAUUUAGACUUUGAUUCCUCUGAGGAGCUCGUGAUUUAGUAAAACGAUCGGUGGUGUAUAUAACUUGUUCAGCUCUCUGAGAUGAAGAGCCGAAACGAGGGACAACAACAUGAAGAGAUGCGUUGCUCUGUAGCAAAAGGAGCCGACUUUUAAGAGACGUUAAAACUGCAUAACUGUGCUUCCUUUUGAACAGAAACCUGUAAUCAAAGAAAAUCAACUGUAUGUGAAUAUUCAUUGUAAAAAAGAGACAGUAAAUGAAGUACUUAAAUAUUAUAAUUACUUACACAGAGCCGCCGCGCCGUUGAUGGAAAUCUGUGAUGCCUUUGUUCUUAUCAGAAGUAGAUGGACGUUUCAGAUCGCCUUCAUUGCAGCCAGUAACUCGCCGAAGUAUCACGUGGAUAUCGGAAACAAAGUAGAGUUGAGUAAUGAUGCUGUAUAUCAACUGAUUAUGUAUUAAUGCAGCGGGGAAGUUGCUGCAGUUUAGGCGAUCUGAAAUGCAUCCAAACUUGUAACAUAUCGCGUGUAGAUACACACUGUAAACACAAACUACACUGUACAGAAUGCCCCUUUACUGGAGAAGAUGUGUAUAGAAGUUUCAUUUUUAAUCUGCUUUCACCCAUUUUCAAUGGAGAGAGAUUGAUUUAUGAGAUACAAAUAAAUAAGUGAAUAAACCCCC